AUCAAUUUUCCCUUGUUGCGCAGCAGCUACCUACAUGUACCUACGCUGAAUUGAAGCUCCUUCGCAACUUUCUUCCUCCGAGCUUCUUUCCUUCUAGUUAAUUCAUUCCAAACAACUUCACCCCCCCCCUUUUCUCUGCUUCUUGAUCGUGCGGCUAAUUCCAUCUCAUCUUCUUGCCUAACAUGGUGGCCCUCCGUUAUUCUGUCCUUGCCGCUCUGGCUCUUCGUGUCGUCUCUGUAUUCGCUGCUGCGGCCGAGGCCGAUGCCGAGUCUCCCCUUUCCGACAAUGCCGGCAGUCCUCCCGAGGUCAAGUUGAAGGCCGAGGUUGUUGCUACCUUCCCCGAAGCCGAUGACAUAUUCGGCGUGAAGCUUGUCAAUGGCCGCCCGACCAAAGCCGUGAUCGAUGUGACCAACAACGAGGACGAGCCCAUUUUGAUUGCUUUCCUUGGUGGUCAGCUCCUCAGCCCCAAGGCCCUAACUCCCGGAGACAACCCUACAGCCUCCGUUAUUCGUAACUUAACCACCGUCCGUUACGAAACCGCCAUCCCCGCUGGCGAGAAGCAGUCGCUUCCUUACUCCUUCGUACUUGAUAUGUUGCCCCAGGAUGUGCGCCUACAGAUCAUUGCUGUCGUUAGCAACUCUGCCAACCAGAUCUUCCAGGUUGGUGUGUACGACCAGACCGUCAGCAUCGUCGAGGCGCCUACCAGCAUUUUCGAUCCUCAGAUUAUCUUCCUAUAUGUCGUUCUUACCGCUGCCUUCGCCGGCACGAGCUACUUCGUGUACAAGACCUACAUCGAGGCUCUCUUCCCCCAGGCUAAACGCGCACCUAGCACCAAACUUAGCAAGAAGAGCCGCACUCCUGCCCCCGUUGCCGAGAAGGAGCCCCUAUCUGGAGGCGAAGGUUCUGCGACUGGCACCGACAAGGGUUACGACGAGAGCUGGAUCCCUUCGGACCACCUGAACCGCCCUGCCGCGCGCCGUGUCAAGAGCGGUGCCAGCAGCAAGUCCAAGGCCAAGGCCUCUGAGUAGAACCUGGCUGCAUAGCAGACCCUUUCACUAAGGCUGUCUACUGCCUGCUAGCGGGCUUCAUGUGGUACGCGUUAGGAUAAGUAAAUAGGGUGGGGGUAAUCCAUUCGUCAUCACGAGGGCUUGGAAAGGGGAAAAAAAUGUAUUCAUCGAGUUGCGGCACUGGGAAAAGGUUAAAAAGCAGAGCAAAGCAUAGGGUGUACCUUUGGUGGCUGUAAUACGCCUAUAGCGACGCUCGUUAUGUAUUGUAUAGUCUUCACUUGCCUGCAUGUACAUGAAUCGGAUUAACAUUGAAAAGUCCAGAAA